AUGGCUUGCAAGCCCAUGGAUGAGUUUGGCGCAUACGUCGUGUUGGGACUCUCCGAAGGAUGCAGUGCGGCCGACGUACGACGGGCUUACCGACGCCUUGCCCUCCUGUGCCACCCAGACAAGAACCCGGAGCAGAACGAAGAGGCGGAAGAACGGUUCAGGGACGUUGCUUCUGCGAAAGACUACUUGUUGGAGAAGCUGGGAAAGGCUCCCCUCUCCCUCGGCGGUCUUCUCUCUGCCGCCCAGCGCCGAAGAGCGCGGUGGUGCAAGCCGGGUCCGGUCCGCGUCGAACGAGUGGUGCCGGUGAAGCCGCAGCAGCCACCGCGCGUCGUGGUUUGGGCCUGCCAUGUUUGCGAAGUCGACUGCCUUGGCGGCUACUCGCCGGGUGCCAAGAAAGAUCGCUUGCAGCCGUGCAUCCAACCGAAUCCGCAAACAGUCUGCUUCUGUGGACAUCCACUUUCUGAUCAUGGGCAUCCUGGGACUCCUUCGGCAGAUGGUUGGGAGAAGUGUCAGCGCUGCCCCUGUGCCAAGUUUACAUACGUGCAGCCCCAUUCGCGGUGCAACUGUGGACACAGCAAUCUGGAGCACAGCCCCACGGGCUUCUUCGCCUGCAAAGUGGACGGCUGCCCCUGCCAAACUUUCCACGACCCCGGCACCUGCCGCGUGUGCGGUCACGACUGGGUUUGCCACCGCACGGAACUACGGCACUCGGUGCCUCCGCCGCCGCCGCCGCCACGCUCGCCCAGCCGGUCUUCCGAUUCGUCUUCCGAUGCGAUCUUUGUGCGGUACAGACCCUUGCCGUUGAAACCGGCUCGGCCAACCACACCCGCUGCCGCUCACCAUGCUCUCGCUGGCGAUGCCAGGCCACCAUCAGCCAGGCCAUCUUCAGCAGCCACCACCGCAUCCCUGUCAGCUCGGCCGACAACUCCUCGGAGUGCACGGGCCAUCGGUGAUGCGUCGCGGCCGACGAAGACGACUCCCCUGAGGCCCUUGACACCUCGGACCGCUCGGCCUUCAGCAGAAGAA